UUUUUAUGGAUCGAAAUUAAGCACGUGCAUUAAAUUUUGUUUUUAAAUGUUUUGUGUAUUUUUUAUGAGGAGAAACGAUCAGAUGCUCGACAUAUUCUCUUCAAUUUCCGAGGGAGAGUACAAAUUAAUUCGACGGCUAUGACAUCACAGGAAGGAAGAUGUCAAAGGACAAGAGAUCGGUGACACGUGACUAAACCGGAUCUGUAAAUAUCGAGUUAGAUGCUGGCUAUUCACCGUCUUUCUCCGAAUUUCGUUUCGAAGGUUUUAAAAUAAAGGAGAUCCUUUCGUCACCACAACAUUAAUAACAACUCUUCGCUCGUCAUGUGGACGUUCCUGUUUCUCCACUUGUUUUGCACAGUUUCUGCCGCUCCCCUUUCGCAACACGCACCCAAAGAAAUGGUAAAUUUUAUGAAACAAUAUGGCUACCUCAUCGACGCUGGACCCGAUACCGAUGCUCUGUACACCGAAGAAAGUUUCAAAAAAGCCAUUCGUCAGAUGCAGAAGUACGGUGGUCUGCCCGAAACUGGUAUAGCCGACGAUAAAACUUUAGCACUCCUCAACGCACCCCGUUGUGGGGUACGCGACGUAUUCAGGGAAGACAAACACACUUCCAACAGAACCAAACGCUACGUAAUAGGUGCGGAAGGGUGGAAAACUAAAACUGUCACUUACUUUCUAGCCAAUUGGCCGGCAGAUUUAGGACCGGAUGUAGCAAAGGAGAAGAUUGAAAAGUCUUUCAAGGUAUGGUCGAGCAUUACUCCGCUUCGUUUCGUGCAUAAGAACAGCAUGAACGCUGACAUCAUCAUAGCUUUCGGAAGAGGUUCUCACGGAGAUGGAUACCCCUUCGAUGGCCCGGGAAACAUUCUAGCACACGCUUUCUUCCCUUACGAACAUGGACCGUACGGAGGCGACGUUCAUUUUGACGACGAUGAAAUCUGGAUCGACGGAUCCAAAGGAGAAAAGGAUAACGAUGGAUUACGCUACGACUUUUAUACGGUCGCCGUACACGAAUUAGGGCACAGCUUAGGUUUGGCACACUCCACCGUUUCUGGAUCCAUUAUGUUCCCUUACUACAAGGGAUACAAUCCAAAUUUUAUGCUGGAUUACGACGACGUUCUAGCUAUGUACCAAAUGUACAUCGUUAACGGGAAGUUCGAAGAUACAUUAAAAACAGACACGUUUGAAACUGAAACUACGAUAGAAUUAUCUACGGUUACUACUGCCGCUACUACAGAAUCGCCAGUCACUUCUCCAACGUUCACCGCAGAAUCGUCUGUAUCAAGCAACGAUAUUCCCAUCUUUACCACUUCAAAAUAUUCGAGUACAACGGAGGAUUACGAAGCGCAAGAUGACCAUUCGGCAACAUAUUUUCCGCAAAGUACUUCACCGAGCGUAAGUACGGAAGAACCAUUGACAGAUGACGACGAAACGGAAGAAGAAAAGAAGAGGAAAGAAAAAGAGAAAGACAGAAAUCGUACCAAUCGUACAAAGUCUGUGAACGGAUGCGAAGGAUCGUUUGACGCCAUAACCCUAAUUAGAAACGAAUUAUUUAUUUUUAAAGGUCCAUACAUGUGGAGGUUACAGGAUCGUGGUGUAGUACCUCGAGGACUUCCCGUACCAUUUCAUUUUCUGUUUUACUUUCCUCUGUCUAUCAAGAGAAUUGAUGCAGUGUACGAAAGGCCAACAGAUCACUAUAUUAUUUUCUUCACGGGCAAAUACUUUUGGGAGUUCACCGGAAACAAGUUCACAGAAAAGAGUCCACUAGCACUUUGGCAGCUAGGAUUGCCGGAAGAUAUAGAUUACAUCGAUGCUGCUUUGGUUUGGGGUAAGAACGGUAGGACCUAUCUGUUUAGUGGAAACCAAUAUUGGCGUUACGACGAAGCGAACAAAACCAUGGAUUUCGGUUAUCCUCGUCCCAUUCACAGGUGGCGAGGCGUGCCGAGUAACUUGGAUUGCGCCUUCACUUGGAGAGACGGUCAAUCCUAUUUUUUUAAAGGAAAAGAUUACUGGAGAUUUAAUAAUAACGAUAUCAUAGUAGAUUCUAAAUUUCCUCAACCAUCGGCCUCACAUUGGUUACAAUGCCAAACUUCUACGGUUCAUCCACAGAAAACUCCAGAUAAUCCACUAACAUCACCCUCGUUAACACUUCUUUCUCCACAAGUUAUUGAUGAAGGAACGGAGCGUCUUCGUAACCAAAUGUCAGAUUUAUCUCUGGAAGAGCAUCGAUUCUUACCUUCGAAUGGAAGUAUUUCGUCGGUAGUUGAGAAUUUUAAUAAAAAAUCACUAAUGAAUAAAUUGAAUAGCGCAUCAUCUAUUACCUCGUCAUCAGCUUACACGUCGAGUUCCGAAAAGUCUCAAAUUAUGAAGAGUAGCAGCUCGUCCAGUAGUUCUGUGUUGAGUAAAAAGGCUCAAAUUGUUCAAGAACAGAAUGAAUCCUUUCACGAGAACCGCAACUAUUCCAGAAGUGUCAGCGUUACCAGUAGUAGCAGUAGCAGUACUAGCGAUUCUAGAAUGAAGAUGCUAACUCAAAGAGGCUUUUCCGUUGACGAUUCGUUGGAAGAACAGCCCCAAGAAGUGAAAUUCGAACAGAAACGCGUAACGUCAGCUGCUAAAGUGAAGGUAACGGGUGAUAACUAUACGUCGGAAAAGAUGGCGGCUACUAAUAAAGAACUGAAGCGUGUUCAAGCGGGUGAUGUUAGUUACGAAGAAAAACACGCUGCUGCAGCAAUAAAAGAAGUGUUAGAUAUGGAUGGUAUCAGUGCGGAAAAAAUGGCCGCCGUUAGACAAGAUCAGAAACAAUUGAAGACGGGGGAUAUCGUACAACAACAACAAAGAACUGCCAUGGCCUCUGCGGUUAGAAUGUCAACCGACGAUUUCAGUGCAGAGAAGUUAUCGAUGGCCAAACAGGACGUCUUUACAGAAAGAAAUCUGUCUUCGAAGUUUAUAAUUACUUCUAAAGAAAUGAGACAAUCGUCCAUGUCUAGUCAGAGUGAUUUCUCUGGUAUCUCUUCUCUGAAUUAUAAUAUGGGAAGUCAAGAAACGUUCGCUUUACCCACAAACAGCAAACUCGCCAUCGAAGGAGUAGAAGAAGAUUUUCAAAUUUUAAAGAGUCCGACUUCGGUCAUGGAAGUUCAAAACGUCAUGAAACGAUUCAAUAAUAGGAUGUAUUCUUGUAUCGAUCGAUUGAAAAACGCCACGAACGAGGAGGCCACCUCUCUCAUAACUGCCAUUUACGACAUAGUGAAGAGAGCUUGGGCUAUACCGAAUCACGGAAACGAUUUGGGUUCCAACAUGUGCAACAUAUUAAGAAACACCGGAGGUUUGGAUAUUCUAAUUAAUAACUGCACUUCCGAUAACUCGGAUUUGAAAUUUUCUAGUACGCAAUUACUAGAACAAUGCUUUUCUACAGAAAACAGAGCUUACAUUGUAGAAAACGGAUUAGAACAGGUAGUUAAUGCGGCCUGCGCCUGCAGCACAGAGAAUUCCGUGGCACAGUCUCGCGUGGGUACAGGUAUAUUGGAACACUUAUUUAAACAUUCGGAAGCAACGUGCAGUGACGUGAUAAGAAUGGGAGGAUUGAAAGCCAUUCUUUUCGAUUGUCGUACAUCCGACAUAGAAACGUUGAGGCAUUGUGCCACGGCAUUAGCCAAUUUGUCGCUAUACGGUGGACCGGAAAAUCAACAAGCAAUGAUCAAACAUAAAGUUCCUGUCUGGUUAUUUCCUUUAGCUUUUCACCAAGACGACAAUAUCAAGUAUUACGCGUGUCUAGCUAUUGCCGUUUUGGUGGCCAACAAAGAAAUCGAAGCGGCAGUUCUCAGAUCGGGAACUUUGGAUCUGGUCGAACCAUUUGUAAUAAGUCACAGCCCUCAAGAAUUCUCAAAGAGUGCGGUUGCCCACAUUCUAGGACAAUCAAAAAAUUGGUUGCUUCGACUGGUACCGGUGCUCAACAGCAAGCGAGAGGAAGCUAGAAGUUUGGCGGCAUUCCAUUUUGCCAUGGAAGCUGGCAUUAAGAAGAAACAAGGAAAUACUGGUGUUUUUCACGAAAUAGGUGCAAUCGAAGCAUUGAAAAAAGUGGCCAGCUCUCCCAACGCCAUUGCCUCUAAAUUUGCGGCGCAGGCAUUGCAGUUAAUAGGAGAAGAAGUACCUCAUAAACUUUCCCAACAGGUACCUCUAUGGACAGUAGAAGACGUGAGAGAAUGGGUGAAACAGAUAGGAUUCUCUCCCUAUUGUCAAACGUUCAGCACCAGUAGAGUAGACGGAGAUUUACUUUUACAAUUAACAGAAUCUAUGCUAAGAGACGACAUAGGAAUAACUAACGGGAUUUUAAGAAGAAGGUUCCUUCGCGAACUCAAUCGUCUAAAACAAAUGGCAGAUUACACUUCUUGCGACACAACAAAUCUGAAUCAACUUUUACAAGGUUUCGGACAGGAAUUUUCACAAUACACCUAUCAAAUGCUGCACUGUGGAGUACAGAAAGACACUCUUCGCUAUUUGACAGAAGAACAACUAGCUCUGGAUUGUGGCGUGGAAAACAGCAUACACAGAUUGAGAAUCGGGCACGCUAUUAAAGAUUUAGCUCGAAUGACAGAAAUCGAGGAGACAGAAACUGAUAAUAAGUGUCUAGACGUGUUUGUUAGUUACAGAAGAUCCAACGGUUCUCAAUUAGCCAGUCUUUUAAAGGUACAUCUGCAAUUGCGGGGAUUUUCAGUAUUUUUGGAUGUUGAACGUUUAGAAGCCGGGAAAUUCGAUAACAAUCUCUUAAACAGUAUUCGCCAAGCAAAACAUUUUAUUCUGGUGCUGACUCCCAGCGCGUUGGAUCGCUGUUUAGGGGACAGGGAGUGCAAAGAUUGGGUGCACAGAGAAAUCUUGGAAGCGCUCCAGAGUAAAUGUAAUAUAAUUCCAAUUUUGGAUAAUUUCCAGUGGCCUGAAUCAGAAACGUUACCAGAUGACAUCCGAGCAGUUUGUUAUUUCAAUGGCAUCAGAUGGAUUCACGAUUAUCAGGAUGCCUGCGUGGAUAAAUUAGAACGUUUCAUGAGAGGGGAUACUAAUUAUAGGAUGGACGGACUGGUAGGGAGAAACUUAGGAGUGGGACCCGGAACACCCGGUACACCUAGUACAAAUAUAUCGCGCGUGCCAAUUUAUAACAGGAGCAGCAGUAGCGAUAGCGGCGAAAGGGAAGCGCAGAGUUGCUCGGAUUGUUCUCAUUAACAACAAUGUAAAACAUAUCCGAGGUGAAAGUUUUUAAAGUAAUUGUUUAAUAUAAACGUUAUUCGAAUUGUUAAAUAUAAAGAUGUAAAUCUCCGAGCAGGAUGCAGGAUUUUUAUUUUAUUGUAAAUAACAAUUGUUAUUGAUACUUAUGCGUCUUUUUUGUAGGAUAAUUUUGUAAAUAAAUUAUUAAACGAUUUGUUUCUUAAAUGGAGAAUUGUGAAAUAAAGUUCAUAUAUAACUAUCUUCAUUCUGUGUUAUAUGUAUUUAUACGUUUCGAGUAUAAUUUCAAUCACUUACACUUACAAUAAUCUUAGCAAAAUUGUGGAUUUUAAAACAUUUAAAUAGCAUUUACAAGUUCUAAUUAUACUGUACUUAAGUAUUGUUGAAGACCUUGAAGAUUUUCUCUUUUCUGAUUAUAAAUGAAAAGCAAGUUCUGCAUUUUCAAUCAAUCUCUGCAUUGAUUCAAUGCAGAGAUUGAUUGAUUGGUGUAUAUGAUAGAAUUAGCUAUAUUUUGCCGGGAAGAUAUAUAUAUUGUGAGCUAACAAAAAAGUUCGUU